AUGCCACAAGGACAAUCGAGUGCUGAUGAUGCAGUGGGGCAGAAGAGAAAGGCCAAUGAGGACGCCGACCAAGCUACAGCUAAGAAGCCAAAGAGCCGCGAUGUUCUGACGCACAAUGACUACACUGUAGGCUGGAUUUGCGCGCUACCUAAAGAGCUUACUGCAUCUAUCGCGAUGCUAGAUGAGAAACACCCGGGCUUACCAAAACCUCAGACAGAUAGCAAUGCAUACACUCUUGGCUCUAUUGCAAGCCAUAACAUUGUUAUGGCCUGUCUGCCUAAAGGUAUCACAGGGAAUGUUUCAGCAGCCACAGUUGCCCGGAAUAUGGCAAAUAAUUUCCCUUCUAUCAAGAUUGGCCUGAUGGUUGGUAUCGGGGGCGGCGUUCCAUCUAACAACGUUCGACUGGGAGAUGUCGUGGUCAGCACGCCCACCAGCACUUUCGCAGGUGUUGUGAAGUGGGACUUCGGCAAGCAUCAUGAUAAUAAGGAUGAUUUUGAACGCACCGGGGCACUUGAUCAUCCCCCCCAGUCGCUCCUCACAGCUUUGACACUCUUGGAAGCACAGCAGAAUCUCGAAGGGACUAAAAUCCCGACUUAUCUGGAAGAAGUGAAAAAGAAGUGGCCAAUGCUCGCUUCGAAGUUCUUGGGAAACGAUUCACUCAAAGAUGUGCUGUUCAAGGCGAGUUACAGUCAUGUCAAAAAGUCGACCUUACGUGGAGAAGGAGGAGGACAAGAAAAUGGAGAUGAGGGCGAAGACGAAGACGAGGAGCAUGAGAGCUGCCACUUAUGUGACAAGUCGAUGACGGUAACGAGACGUCCUAGGGACAUGGUCGUUCACUAUGGGCUUAUUGCAUCAGGUGACGGGCUUAUCAAGGGCGCCACUUCCCGAAAUAAGCUUAAUAAGGACCUAGGAGGGCAUGUCCUCUGUAUCGAAAUGGAGGCAGCAGGGGUUAUGAAUCACUUCCCUUGCCUUGUUAUUCGAGGUAUCUGCGAUUAUGCAGAUUCCCAUAAGAACAAGGACUGGCAAGAGCAUGCAGCUAUUGUGGCCGCCGCGUUCGCAAAGGAACUUCUGCAACAUGUCCAGACAGACGAUAUACAGAGAGAACGUCCAAUCAAGGAUAUAAUACAAGAUGAACAGUCAAAGUUUAAGAACCAAAGGCAAUGUGGAACUGCCAAUUGGUUUUUUGAGGCGGAAGAAUUUCGCACCUGGAUAGCCACAUGCGGGCAAACGUUGUUUUGCCCAGGUAUUCCAGGUGCAGGGAAAACAAUUCUGACAUCAGUUGUGAUUGACCACAUUGAAUCAGCCUCUAAAGAUGACCUUAGCAUUGGCUUGGCGUAUAUCUAUUGCAAUUUCCAACGAUAUGACCUUCAAAACCCAGAUGAGCUAUUGUCAAUUCUCCUGAAACAGCUUCUCGCAAAGUUGCCUUCGUUACCAGUCGAUAUCAACAGUCUUUAUGCUUCUCAUAAGGGGGGUGGAAAGCGCCCAGAAAGGCAAGACAUCUUCAAUGCGCUUAAAAAUGUUGCUGCACAGCAUUCCAAGGUGUAUCUCAUCGUCGAUGCCUUGGACGAAUACGGGCCCAGUGGAAGCUCACGGGAAAUCUUCCUUAGUCUUCUACGUGAGCUCCAGCGGAGACAUAAGAUCAACGUGUUGAUGACAUCGCGGUUCGAUAAGAGAAUCAUCGCAGAGAUCGACAAUAUCUUUGGAAAUGCGAUAAAAUUGGAGAUCCUGGGAUCCACGGAAGACAUAGCACGAAACUUGAAGAACGACAUUAUUAAAAAAAUCUCAGAGUCUGCGAAGGGAAUGUUUCUGUUGGCACAGAUAUACUUAAAGCUACUAAGUUACAAGACGUCAGAGACUGAGAUGCGACGUCAGUUGACAGCCUUCCAGAAGGAUGGAAAUAAAGACGGAAUAGCCGAGGCAUUGACUAAAGCAUACAAAGAGACAAUGGACAGAAUUAACCAACAACAGCCAGAUCACAUUAUACUUGCCAAAAGGGUGCUCUUUUGGAUUGCACGCGCCAAGAGAGAACUGACUGUCCAAGAACUCCAACAUGCUCUCGCAAUGAGCUCAGUGCAGCGCGAACCUUGCGAAGCAGAUUUGCCAUUCGACGAAACAUUGGUUACAGUGUGUGUUGGGCUUGUUGCUGUCGAUGAAGCCAAGAAAACUAUCCAGCUAGCUCACUACACUGUGCAAGAAUACAUCAACCAAAGACCCUGCCAGUUGCUUCCUGUUACGGAACUAGAUAUUGCGCGAGCAUGUAUCGCCUAUCUCUCAUUCAGCUCGUUUGAAGGAGGCUACUACGAUAGCUGGGAUGGCAUGGAAGAUCGACUGAAGCCGUACCCAUUUUACCAUUACGCAGCCAAGAAUUGGGGGCAUCAUGCUCGUGAUUCAUCGAUCUCCGUCGACGAACUGAUGGAACAUUUCAAUCCCGGAACACAACUCAUGAAAUCGGUCUGCGUACUCCUGCUCAGAGAAUCAUUAUUAUCAGGCAUGUGGUAUUGGCCAAAACCACCGAGGUCAACGUCGAGACUUCAUAUCGCGGCAUAUUUUGGACUGGAGAAUAUCGUUCAGAAACUUCUUUCAACAUGCCCUCAAGCAGACUUAACCGAUGAUGACAACAGAACUCCACUAUCAUAUGCGGCUGAGCAGGGAUUUGAAACUGUCAUUGAAUUAUUGAUCGAAAAUGGAGCUGAUAAAGAUUCUCAGGGUACUUCCGAAGUCCAACAUGAAGGAAGAACACCCUUAUCCUUUGCUGCAGAGAAAGGCCACGAGGCUGCCGUUCGGACAUUGAUCAACCAGAAGGCAUGCAUACACCUCGCGUCUAAUACUUUAUUCGGAGGGGGAUGGACGCCACUUUCAUAUUCUAUUCGAUGCGGGCAUACGGCUGUAGUGAGGCUGUUGUUGGAAUCGGGUGCUAAGUUGGAAUACGACAACUCAGGGCGCACAGCGCUAUCCCAUGCAGCGGAAAAGGGACACAAGGAUAUUAUAAUCCUCUUGCUGCAAAAACGGGCUGACCCUGAUCUUCGUAUGACUUGCUCUGAAGAAUUUGGGCGAACAGCGCUGUCAUUUGCUGCUCAAAAAGGGCACCAAGACAUUUCCCAAUUGUUACUUGACGCGAGCACAAAUGACCUAGACUCUAGCGAUCAACGUGGGAUCAGCCCCCUGUCAUAUGCUUCAUAUGGAGGCCAUGAGAAUAUUGUCGGUCUGUUACUCAAACAGGGGGCCAAUCCAAAUCCUCAACCACAGCCUAUAAAGGGAUAUCAGAGGUUUCUAUUUCCAGAUACACCUUUAUCAUGUGCUGCGUCAAACGGCCACGAUGCUAUUGUCAACCUACUAUUAGAAUGGCGUGCCAAUGUCGACUCUGGUAGAGAGAGAACGCCAUUGUCAUUUGCAGCGGAGAAAGGGCAUAAGAGUACUGUGCAGCUAUUAUUAGAGUCUGGCGCUACUGUUGAUUCUGGCCGGGAGAGGACACCAUUGUCAUUUGCGGCGGAGAACGGGCACAGCUCUAUUGUCCGUUUGUUAAUAGAAAAAGGAGCUGAUGCCGACUCUAAAGCUACAGGUCUUUAUGGAAAGGGCAGAACGUCGUUAUCAUUUGCAGCACAAAGAGGACACGAUUCUGUUGUUCAGUUACUGUUGAACGCGUGUGUUGAUAUAGAUUCCAAAGUCACAGAAAGCAAGAUUUACGAGGGGAGAACGCCAUUGUCAUUUGCGGCUGAAAAUGGUCACGAAGAUAUCGUGCGAGUUUUAUUGGAGCGAGGCGCUAAACCGAACUCUACAGGUAUGGACAGUGACUCCUACGUGAAAAGUCCAAUGUCGUUUGCAGCAGAGGAGGGCUAUGAGGCUAUUAUCGGGUUACUCCUUGAAUUCGGAGGUGAUCCCUGUGUCGGUGAUGCCACACCACUAUUGCUAGCAUCACGCCAUGGGUACGAGGGCGCCGCAAAACUGCUCAUUGAUACUGGGAGAGUCCAGAUAGACCUCCCAGAUGAUUUGGGACGCACGCCACUGUCCUACAUGGCAAAAUGGGGCCAUGGGACACUAGUUCGGUUAUUGCUUGACCAACGAGCUGAACUAGAAUCGAGAGGUGCCGACUACAAGACAUUCAGAACGGGAUGUCCUGAAAGGAGAACACCACUCUCAUUUGCUUCAGAACAUGGACAUCCAUCUGUUGUUGAGCUUCUGCUACAGCGGGGCGCAACCGUAGACUCGAGAACAGAAGGUGAUAAUAGAGAACGCAGUGGGAGGACGCCACUUUCAUAUGCGGCAAGUGAAGGGCACCUUGAUUUUGUCCGAAUGCUACUUGGUGAAUGGAAUGCCAAUUCCGAUGCUGCAGAUGGUAUUGGCCGCACACCUCUUUCAUAUGCUGCAGAAAAUGGGCACGCUGUCAUUGUGCAGGAGUUGGUCAAAGCAGGGGCCAGUCUGGAGACUAGGAGCACCAGCACUUACGGAGGCGCAGGGCAAACCCCGCUGCAUUUUGCAGCAAAAUCUGCAGAUUGUAAGACUGUUCGAGUAUUGGUUGAGAGCGGAGCCGAUGUUAACUCUGAGGACGCUGAAGGACGAACACCAUUCUUUUGGCCAAUGGGUUACAGUGACACUGAAAUGAUUGGAAUACUGCAGGGAAGCAACGCUGAGAAAAGAGCAGCCGAUGUUAAACACUAG